AUGGUGGUCAUCACACGUAGCCAAGGUCACAAAAUUGUUGAACAGAUGGCGCUUCGGAGAGCUGUCCAGUCUGUCAUCUUUGUAAUACAUGCAGAUUUCCUUGAUUCCUUUCUCGAUGCGGCGUUAUAUAACAACAACCUCGCCACAUCCGUACAGUCACUUCACAUUAUCUUCCAUCGCACCUUCCCCCCUAUCCCAAAGCUGUGCCGAUGUCUACUUGCAAUCAGAAAUGUGGUAGACUUGGAACUGCAGCUUCCUCGUGCCUCAGCCGCUAAUUGGGUCGAAACUAUCGAGGACACGAUUAUUACGACUAGCAAAUACCCGUUUGUCCUUCUGUCUGAAAUUGAGGGUCCCUCUCUGCGUAACGUCUCUGACUUCGCGCUGCCUUUGAUUUGUCUACUGUCAUCAUCAUCCACUUCAACCACGGCUUUAACAGUUCUCCAGUUGGAUUUUGAUCCGACUGAUUACGACCUUCUUCGGCGCAUAGCGAAUGCCGCUCCAUUCGUUACAACCCUGAAACUGGUGGAGAGAAGUCGAAGUGUAUCUGCCCGAAUGCCUCGUCUGCGCCGAGCUUGGAACUUUUACCACCAAUGGGCGCAGGACCUCGCACAACUGAAGCGAUUGCAUCGAUUUGCGCUUAAAACAUCACUGUCCAUGGUUCAGAACCCUGGUUCAGAUGAAGAUGAAAGGAAAUUGUUGACCCAGUGGCGCCUUGACCAUUACAGUACACACGACUGGAUAUAUGCAUGGGACCAGCCUAGCGUGUUGCGGCACCUCACAUUAUGGUAUCUAGCUGAGUCGAAGGCUGGCAUUUUGAGUAGUUGGGAUAUGGUAGAUGGAUGUUGGCUUAAGACAAGGGGUUAUUUAGAUCCCCCUGCAGACGCUUUCUGUUGA